AGAAACUGAGCAUACACAUGAUUUCAUUUCGACUGCACUGAGCCAGAGGGGAAACAUCUGAAGCUUUGUGUAAGUGUGAUUUUCCUGUUUGAGAGCCAGGACUCAUGAAGCACUGAUGAAGACAUGAAGGGUCCAGUCUUCUCUCUGUUGCCACUUGUCAUGACCUCAGUGCUGCUAACCGCAUCACCUGGUGACGGCAGCACAGUGUCUCCAGUGAGGAACUUCUCAGCCGUUUUGGGUCAAAGCGUGACAUUACGAUGCCCAGGAAAACCCGGCGUCCAUAUUACACGUUUGUACAUACAGACAAAACAUACACAUGCUUUCAUCAAUGGGUUUGAUGUCCAGUUUGAGCUUGAUGUGCCGCAUGAGUACCUGAACAGAACCAAAGUUAACAAAACGGACCUCAGCAUGAGGAUGAGCAACAUCACUGUUUCAGAUGAAGGAUCAUACACGUGCAUCAUAUUUUUCUCAGGAGACAAAGAGUCGUUUGACAUCAACCUCAAAGUCACAGCUGAGUACAGCGUUCCCACUGUGAAGGCAGAAUGUGAUGAACGUAUCCACCGCAAUGGCUCUGCGACUGGUGGGAAGAUCUGUCAAUUAAGCUGCUCGUCGACUGGGGGUUACCCUCAGAGUAGGGUGGAAUGGCCGGAGCUUCAUCAAAGUCUGAUACAAAUCAUCAACAACGGGAGUUCUAAAGAUCCACAUUACAAAACAUGGACCAUCAACCAAACCAUCACGUACUCCUGCGACCAACCCACCAAUGUUAGCUGUUCCAUAGGAGGCAUUGUUUCCCAUCCAAUUACCAUAUGUCAAGCGGAUUCAUUUCCUCUUAGGGUGAUUGCUGCGACUGUUGUCGUGGUGAUUUUUGUCCUGAGUUUAAUUCUUGGUUUGGUGUUAAUGAAGUGCUAUCAGAGGAGACCACGUCCCAGACCAGAGGAUCCUGCGCUUGAAGUCCCAUUAGCGUAGCGACUGCCAUUCGCAGCCUCAGAACAGCUGAGAUGUGACAACUCAAUGUUGAGAAACAAAUGAACUGAUUUUCCGUCAUUCUGCCAAUGCGGAGGUGCCUACAACGCCACCCAGAGCUCGGGUGGAAGAGGGGCAUGCUGUACCCGCAGCGAGGAGGCAGUUUGUGUGACUUUAAAAAAACUGGCCAUUGCACCAGCCCUUUACCAGCGGACACCUGCGGAGAACACUGAAGGACACGCUGGUGCAAAUGUCCCCACCUUUUCAUAAUUAUUUAUUUGGCAGAGCAGGUAUUUUCCAAAGCAUGCAGAAGUGACAGACUGUCUGGGUACAAUAUGUUGGAUGUGAUCAAAUCAGAUUUUUUUAACGGUGCUUUCAAAGAAAAAAUUGAUUGAACUUCUCCAGAUCAGUUCUCUCGAUGUAUGCGCCACAUUAUACAGCACAUAUAGGCUGUAUGUGCCAAAUUGUGCCACUUUGUUCCAAAGAAAGGGAAUGUUUAAAUUGAAAACCUUUCCAAAUGCAGGGUCGGUUGAUACGGUUAUUCAAGUAACCAACAUGGGUUUUAAAAGUGUUGUUUUUGUUGACUUUAGAGUAUCAUGUUGGAGCGGUAAAAGUGACACUGUUCAUUUUGAAGGGACUCUUCAUUUGCUUCUAGAAGCCAAUUCAUUGUGUAGUUAUUAAUGCUUUAUUUUUCAAAGCUUGUUCUCAGCUAAAGCACAAAAACUGUAUUCCUGUGAAUAGAAACUCCCAACAGAAAUUGCUCGACAAAUGCUGCCAGAUUUAUUACACUCUUUUGCUGGUACAUUGUCCUCAUGUCUCACCGCUGUAUACUAAAUAUGCAUGUGGUGCAUCGGUCUGUUUAUGUGUACAGUAGUGACUCUUUUACUUUUCUUAAACCGUCUCAAAGUACUGACAUUUAUACAAACAGCUACUUUAGCAUUCUAGAUUAUUUUGUGUUAUAAUUGUUCUCAGGGUGAGCGUUUUGGGAUGUUUCAUUUCUUAUUCAAAUGAAAUCUGUUUCCUAAUGGAAAUGUCUAAUGCACUUUGCUUUCUUACUGCUCGAAAAUGUCCCUUUUGUUUACUCUGUAAUUUAUGAAUAACUUAUUUCUGUGUUUUCACAAAAAGAAGCUGAAAUAA